AUUUGUUUGAUUGUUUCAUUCGACUCAUAAAAAUAAUAGCUGGGUGCGUUUAAUUACCAGGUGAGGGCUAAACAAGGCAGUUAGCAUGGCGAAGGAGAGGGGAGUGGACAUAGAGUUGAAGCUGAGCAGAGGUAGUCGCAUCUAUCGUCCACAGGAAAUCCUUGCGGGAAUGGUGGUGAUAAAUAAUUGGGCGUCGAAAUACAUUUCUCAUCAGGGAAUCCGUGUGAUUGUAGAUGGUCGUGUUAAUUUGCAGCUCAGGGCAGGAACUAUUGGAGUAAUUGAGUCACUUUAUAACUCUAUAAAACCGCUUCCCAUUAUAAACAAGACUAUAGAAGUCAGGGCACCAGGGAAAUUGAAUCCUGGUAGAACAGAGAUUCCUUUUCACAUUCCUUUGAAUGUGUCUGAGGAUGGGGAUCCUGAUGGAUUUUAUGAAACUUAUCAUGGCUCAAACAUCAACAUUCAGUAUUUAAUAACUACAGAUGUUGUGAGGGGAUAUUUACAUAACACACUAUCUGCAACACUGGAGUUCAUUAUUGAAAGUGUGAAAGGACAUCUUUUUAAUACACCUGUGAGCCCUGAAUCUGUAAGCUUUUAUAUCACACAGGACACACAAAAACAUCAGCUGUUACCUGCAUUACGGUCAGGUGGAUUUCGAGUUACAGGUAACAUUUGUACACAAUGUUCCCUGGCAGAACCUGUUACUGGGGAGAUAGUGGUUGAAACAUCUGCUUUGCCAAUCUACUCAAUUGAUAUCAUGUUGCUUCGUGUUGAAUCAAUUAUUAUUGGGGAAAAAUUUGCACUUCAAACAACAGAGAUUCAGACAACACAGGUUGCAGAUGGGGAUGUUUGUCAUUCCAUGGCAUUACCAAUCUAUAUUAUUUUGCCCCGUCUUUUAACGUGUCCUGGUUUGUCAAAUGGUUUCUUCUCUAUUGAAUUUCAGCUUCAAAUUGUCAUAAGUUUUGAGAGCGACCUAUCAAAGCUUUAUGGAGAGCCUAAGUUGAAGACAACAAAACAAUGGGUGGCCUCUCAAACUCUACCUCUUAGACUCAUUCGUGUUGAAAGAAACCAAGACGGAUGAGGAUGUGUGGUAACACUAAUCUAUUUCAAAGAUAGAAGAUGUAUUCUUUGGUAAAAACAUGUUUUUGGUGUUUUCACCUUUCUACAAAACUUUUGUUAUUUGGAGUCUCAGGGCAACUCUAGUUAAUUGCAAGUUGUAUUAAGUGGUGUUUGAUAGACUUAAACAUAUGAUUUUGUAUAAGUAUACUUAUUAUAGUCAUUCAAAAUUUUGUUA